CAUGUCUUGAUCGUUUUGUUCAUCAUCGAAGUUUGAAAGCCAUCUUGCUCAAUACCACAAAAGGCCCUUUGUUCGUUGAAAGAAAGAACGCCCACCACUAACUGAGAUGUCGUCCACCUCCACUCUCAUAUCCGCAGUAGGGGUCGUGUGGAGAUAUGCCUGGUUUCUGGCAUUUCGUCCAUUGGCCAUCCUCGUGCUGACGGGUGCAACCAUAUCCCUUAUUCGAUCUGGUGUCUCACUUUGCAAGGAUAUUCCCUCUAUGGCCUAUGAGAUAUUCAUGUGGUUCACCUCCUAAUGUGAUGGGAAGGGGUUGUGUUAAUACCUGUAUUACGUACUGGAGCGAAGGUAUCUUGGCGUUGAUGAUUUGUCAUGGUUGCAUGGUUGCAUUGUGUGUCUUAUGAAGCGAUACUUGCAUUGCAUAUGUACAUUGUAUUGUUUUUCCUGCCAGCAUCACCUGUUCAAACUAUGUGUCAUAUUCAUUGGAGUUCAGUGCUUGCAAGGUAAUUCAAGCUGCUGUGUGUCCAAAACAAAAAGAGCU